CCCAACGUCCUCAUAUUGUCCCUGCUCUCCAUUCUUCUACGCAGUCGUCUGAUCAUAACCCGAACUGCUCUUCGGUUCUUUUCAGCCUCUCUAUCUCACCGCCGCCACGGCUUCGAAUGAUGAAAAGCGCUUGGAAAUCGCUCUACCCGCGGAUCUCUACACAGCUCUCAAGGACUGGUUUAUCCCAGGUGAGGCCAUGGGAACAACAAAUCUCUAUAUUCGUUCAACCUCUAGUCACCAUUCGUGUGGCUAGAAACCUUGAACGGCGUUAUUUCUCGUCGGAGGCUGCUAUCGAGCGCGAGGAUCGCGAUCUCGCUUUUGUGGCAGAUAUCUUUUCUAAGCGCAUCGAUUCCCAUGAGAUCCAGGCCGAGUUUGAAUCCCGCAAUGUUUAUCUGGAUCGGGAGACCGUAUAUUUGGCACUUCAGAACCUCGAAGGGAAUUUGGAAACGGCUCGGAGGUUCUUCGAUUGGGUAUCCGAUAGAGAUAGCCAGAUUUUGAGGUCAAAAUCUUACAAUAUGAUGCUCAGAAUUGUAGGGAUCAAUGGGGAGUCAGGGGAGUUCUGGGACUUCGUUGAGACCAUGAAAAAGAAAGGCUUUGGGAUCUCCAAGGAUACAUAUUUGAAGAUCCAUGAAAGUCUUGUAAAUGAUGGGAAGGGAGAUGAUUUUGGAACACAUUUGAAAGAAGUGUAUCUCCAAAAUACUGAUCAACAUAUAGUUGCGAGAAUGUGCCCAAAGAUUUGCAGGAUACUCAACGAAAAAGCAGAUUCAGAAGAAAUACAGAAGAAAUUACUGCAUUUAGACAUUUCUUUGUCCUCUGAGUUGAUUGUUUCUGUACUGGAAAGCGUAGGCUCCAAUCCACAAAAAGCUCUGAUUUUUUUGGAAUGGGUCAGAGACAUACAGUAUUUUAAAAUAGAUGGUACUGUUUACAAUGCAUUUGCUAAGGUUUUCGGUCGAGAAGAUUGCAUCAAGGAAUUCUGGGACGUUCUUCAUAAGAUGAGAAACGCUGGAUAUAAAUUGGAGCAUGAUGUAUAUUUUACAGUUUUAGAUAGGUUCCAAAAGAGGAAAAUGGUUGCUGCAGCUAUAGAUUUGUAUGAGUUCGCCAUGGCUGGUCCUGGAAAGCCACCAGCUGGUGAUUUCUUGCACCUUUUAAAAAAGAUUGUUGUCAGCAAAGAUCUGGACAUGACUUUGAUAACAAGGAUUGUUACCAUUUUUAUAAAGUCUGGAAAUACCAUAAAUGCAUCAACUUUUGUAGGUGCACUGAAAUCACUUAAGAGUGUUGGCAGACUGGGAGAGUGUGGCAACGUCUUGAAGGCCAUGGAGGAAGGGGGGUUUGUAGCAGAUAGCUCAAUACAUAACCAGGUAGUUGUAGGCUUGUGUGGAGCCGGAAAACUUGACGCGGCUUGUGAACAUGUGAGGAGCCUGGAAAAUUUAGGCCUUUUUCCAAAUCUGAAGGCCUGGGCAUUUUUGGUUCAGAACCAUGCUCUAGCUGGUGAGCUCGACAAGGCAGUUUCUUAUUUUCAUGAAAUGGUUGAAACCAAUGGUUGUGGCCAUGAUGAUGGCAGUGCAUUUGAAGUAUUGGUCAGCGGGCUUUUUAAGAAGAAUCGAAAUAUGGAUGCUUUCAGGAUUCUUAAAGAGAUGGUCAUGAAGAAGAAAUAUCGACCACAACAUAGCACUUAUAAGCUUCUUAUUGAAAAGUUGGUAAAUCAGGGUUCUUUGAAAGAAGCCAUGAGUCUCCUUGAGUUGAUGAAAGGACAAGGAUUUCCACCAUUUGUGGAACCAUUUAUGGUUCAUAUGUCCAAGUCGGGCUCUGUUUCUGAUGCUAUGGGUUUUUUGAAGGCAAUGACUGUUAAACAAUUCCCAUCCGUUGCAGUUUUUCUUCGUCUUUUCAGAGCUUUACUGGAAGCAGGGAGACACGAAGUUGCGCAUGAUAUACUUUCGAAAUCUCCAGGCUGUGUUCGUAACCAUGUGGAUAUAUUGGAUAUUUUCUCUUCUUUAAAGCCAAAUAAUGGAACUGCCCUAGCUUAGUGCUUAUGGGCUUGCAGCAGCAAUGCUCUAUUGUACCAUCCAUUUGGUUAUGAAUUGAAAUGUUUUAACAUUGGUUAAAUUGGAAUUAAUCAAUUGAAUAGAUAAAUACAGCUGGUUGGUCUUUUAUCUCCAGUAAAACAGGAGUUAUUAGGAGCAAUACCCUUUCUAAUCCUUUACCUUCCGUGGCUGAGGGUUGUGUAGAUCAUAUUCCUUUU